AUGGACUUUGAUCAUCUCGCCGAGCAAGAAUCCCAACGAAUAUUCAAAAAAUGGAUCCAACACCUUGUUAAGAACUCCUCGGAGACGCUGGUCACCAAGCUAGCCCUUCGACACCGGCCUGGUAUACCAGUGUCAACAACACGGUUCUCCCAUGGAGCCUUCAACUUUUGCUACCAAGUCGCUUACGAGGAUGGCAGUCGCCUUCUGGUCCGGUUCACGGCUCUGGGCCGAGCCGUGUUUCGCCACGAGAAGGUUCAGGAUGAGGUUGCCGUUAUGAGAUACUUGGCUGAGAACACAUCGAUACCCGUUCCCACGGUACUGGGCUCCGGGAGCUGUGCAGUUGGGCCCUACGUCGUCAUGACCCUUUUAGAGGGUAAUUUGUUAUCGAGGUACCUCAGAGAUCCGAUGAAAAAGAUCGAGACGUUGAAUCUUCAUAUUUCCGAGUGUGCGUUGAAGAAGGCAUAUCGGGACAUGGCUGACAUUGUCUUGGAAUUGUCAAAGCCGGAAUUUUCGUUCAUUGGAGCUCUGAAACUGGAUGAAUCGGGCGACUGGUCUGUACACAAGAGGCCGUUGACGUUCAAUAUGAACCGGAUAGCGCAGUUCUCCAAUAUCCCGCCUAGCGCAUUCGCGAAGCAACGCUUUAACAAUGCCACCGAUUACUUUGAAGAACUCGCCAAACAGCAUCUAUACCAUCUCGAGUACCAGCGCAAUGAUGCUGUCAUUAAUGAAGACGACUGUCGAAAGAAGUACAUUGCUCGCUGCCUUUUCCGCAAGAUAUCAAGGAAGGCGUCCAAGGAACACCGCCAUGGCCCUUUCCAUCUAUUCUGUGACGACUUCAGACCCGACAAUAUUCUGGUCGACCAAUCAAAGCUUGAGAUUAUCGGUGCUUUUGACUGGGAAUGGUCGUACGCUGCCCCUGCGGAAUUCACCCACGCUGCGCCCUGGUGGCUGCUACUCGAGCGCCCAGAAGACUGGGAAAUGAAUCUCGAUCACUUCCUAGAGCGCUACAUGCCUCGACUCUCCAUAUUCUUAGAGGCACUUCGCGAAUGCGAAUCGAGGAAGAUCGGUGAUGGUUCGCUGACAGAAGAGCAAUGCCUCUCAGACGCCAUGGAGGACUCCAUGGAAAACGGGCUAUUCUGGUUUUGCCUCGCGGCAAGACACGGCGCCAUGUUUGACGAGAUAUACUGGGCCUUCCUCGAUCAAAGAUAUUUUGGGUCGUUUACCACUCUCGAAGACCGAAUGCGUCUUUUGAGCGAUGAAGAACGGAUGAACCUCGAUGACUUUGUGCAGCGCAAACUGCAGCAGUCAAGUGAGGGGACGUUGGAAUCAUAUAUGAGCAUUGAUGACAUUGCUCAGCUGUAG